AUGCUGUCUUUGUUCUAUAGAACUACCAGCUUCUCAAUCUUGUUGUCAAAUACAGUUGUACAGUCUCAAAACUCUAGGAGGGUGAGGGAGAGGGAGAGGGACAGGGAGAGGGAGAGGGAGAGGAAGAGAGAGAGAGUGAGAGAGAAAGGGAGAGAGAGAGAGCAAACGAAAGAUAGCAGUGACAGAGACAGGAUUGCAGUGCUGGUGACAUUCCGUACCAGGAUCUACCACUGCAACAUCAACAGUCAGGGGGUGAUCUGUCUGGACAUCCUGAAGGACAACUGGAGUCCUGCCCUCACCAUCUCCAAGGUCCUCCUGUCCAUUUGCUCCCUGCUCACUGACUGCAACCCUGCGGACCCUCUGGUUGGAAGCAUUGCUACACAGUACUUGACCAACAGAGCCGAGCACGACAGGAUAGCCAAACAGUGGACCAAACGCUACGCCACAUAG